UCUCUCGAAUGCUCGCCGCUUUGACGAGAAUCGUAUAAAAGCAGCUCUUUCGCUUGGAUCUAUUCAGUUAUUUUUCACAUCACUUAAGGAGAAACACCUCAGUAUUCGAGAGUACCUGUAUUUUACAACCAUUUAUUGUUGAUUUCUGUUAUUAGCAAUCGAAGUGUGAAGAUGGAACCAUUUUUCUAUCCGUCAUUUUAUCCCAGCCGAUUCUACCACUCGGAGCCACAAUUCUCUCCCAACCACUGGAUGCCAAACAUGAACCCAUGGUAUGGUGGUCAGCCAUUCGACCACUCUCCAUACGGACAUCGUCGUCCAUUUCGCUAUCCUGUUGCAACAAGAGGAGACGGACGCAAUAGUAGAGUUUGGAGCAACCUGUUCGCUCAGCCUCCCCAAAGGUCGAGAGUAGCAUCCGUUCGUUCACCACUCCUACAGCUUUUUGGUGAUGACUUCUUUAGAUCUGCCUUGGCUGACGAUAUCAUCUGCCUUCUUGAACAUCACUCACAGAAUCCCGAUGAAGCAACCACCAAGACUCCCGAGGGUAGAUUGAUAACUGGUGAAAAGAAAGAUUCAUCCACCGCCUCGAAGGCUUCGUCACCUGACCCUACCACACAGCCAUCGACGUCUUCAACUGAACCAAGCAAAGAGUCAUCAUCAAGCUCCAACAUCAAGUCGACAAAGGAAGACACAGACUCGGAAAAGAAGGAGUCUAGUGAUCCUUGCGAAGGUUACAUGCUUCGAUUUGAACUCUCUCCCGAUGGAUUCUAUCGCCCUGUGUAUUCUCCUGUUCCUCUGACAACUCCAAGAAGAAAACAGCUUCUCAACGACGACUUCUUCAAGUCUGUCUUUACUGAUGACCUCGUCUCCUUGCUUGAACACCACGUCAAGGAAGCAGAUGAUGCCUACAGAAGGGAAGCUGGGCUGAACGAGACUGACACAUCGUCAUCAAAGGGAGCUAUUGCUGAGAAAGAAGCGGAUGACGAGCCAAUAGGCAAACCAUUCAACGUCUCACUGAAACUCGGUGACUUCAACCCCGAGAAUGUCAAUGUAAGCCUAGAUGGUCGGAAGGUGAUCGUGAAAGCAAAGCAGGAAGAACAAGGCAAAGACGACAGUUGGAAACGCCACAGCCAUGUUGAAUAUAGCUUCUUGCUGCCUGAAGAGACGCCUGCAGAAAGUCUGACGUCGAGCUUUGAUAAGGACGGUAUCCUGUCGAUAACAGCCAAGACUCAGGAUGAUGAAACCACCAACAACUUGAAGGCCGUAAAAUGUUCGUCAGAGGAAAACGUCGAGACGGCCGAGCAGAAGACAGAAGAAACCAAUUAGGAACAUCGAGGAGAAUAAUAUUGAUGUAAGAUUAUAGACCAGAAAAAAGUCGGAAACCUUUAUAAUAUUCGUUUGUUUCUUAGAUAUUGUUUGUCUGUUUGUUUGUUUUUGCUUCGUUUUAUAGCGUAUUUCGAUAUCUUACUGUAUGAAUUGAGAAUUAUAUUUCUGGUAUUACAUAUUGAUUGUGCAUGGUAUAGCUAAAAACAUAAAAAGAAUAUUUGAUAUAUUGGGAGAUUCUAAUUAUGUGAUCUGGAAUGAAAGUCUUCUCAAUGUUUGUCAGAUACUAAUCAUCAAAGAAAUGUGCAAACAAUGUACAUCUUAAUGCCAAAGAAAUUUGGACAAAACCAGUUUAAAAAAUGAGAGAGAUUUUUUUAUCCGUCUCGGGCUAUUUCCGACUCUAAAAA